AUGUCAAAUACGAAUGCAGUAUUUCGUAGAAGCUAUCAAAGUACGAAGGGCUGCAAAUUUGUAUUGAUGCACUGCACUCCAGCGCAGCAAAAGGAAGACAAAAGCGGCAGUGAAUCAAAGUCUCGCAAGGAAAAAAUGAUAGUUGAUAGCGUUUUUCAAAGUGAAUGCUUGCUAAAUCAGGAAUAA